GAGAAAGAGAGGAGGGAUUGAAGAGUGACGUGGCUUCCUGAGGCACUGGGGCCUGCAAGGGUGUGCUAUGCUGGUGACCUCCACAAAGAUGCUAGUGGGUUGCAGCAUGGACUCCCUCUAGGAUCCCCUGACUAAAAUAGCGACUUGGGGUGCUCUCAGCAAGAGGAAACCACAUGCUUAGACCUCUUGCUUUUCUGAGAAAUGGUGUGACAAACUGAAUGGUAAAAACCAAACUGUUCAAACACCAACGAAGCACAGCAUUUGCUACUGAAUCUUUCCAAUGCAAUCUAUUUUUGCUUCUUCCUCUGCUUCUUGUCUUUUUUUUAUCCCUUUUUCUUCCUCCUGAGCUACAAGGAAGAAGAAAAAUAGAAGAACCAGAAAUACAAUUUGCAGGGCUGAUGGUUCAGAAAGUAUGUUUUAAUUCCCAAAUUGUAACUGCGGUACAUUGCUGAAAAAGAAGAAGAAAAAAAUCUCUCUAAGACUUCAAGUGUCUGCAGCAUUUACAUCUAAAUACAGAGGUGAGAAGCGAUGGGUGCUUAACGCGACAGUUUCAUAACAUGUACUGUCCCCCAGUAACAUGCAGUUUUGCAGACAGAUGUACAGCACCAAGAGAUAGGUCUCAGCUCAGCAGCCCCGUUUCUUUGUUUCUCUUUUUCACUUUUCUAGGCAGUCCCACAUCAGAUUUCGGCACUGGCAGCUGUAAUUUGCAGUCCUUUGGCAGUGUGGUAGUGGAGGAAGGGAGCCCAGUUUGGGAAGAGAUCACAAAUCCAGUGUCUCCAAGUGAAACAUGACUAAGGUUAAACAUCUGUGGCUCCGUACAAACUGCCCUUGUGCCAGCUGGUCUAAAACUUGUGCAAAAAUAUGACUUUCAUUAACUGUGCCGGAACAAGCAUCACCUGACCCUGUGGCAUCCUUUGGCUGCUGACUGUGUGUCCUGCCACAGCCACCCUCAUGCAGUGACACAGGCUGGAUCGCGUCUUGGUAGAUGCAUCUACUGUCUUUACCCCAGUGUACUGCAGCUCUCCAUGUCCAGCUGAGAUGUAAAGGGAUUUGCAGUAUGCAGACAUUGUUUAUGAGUAGGUUGUAAAGUGUCAGUUAAAUUGUGUUUGACAAGGAGCUUCCCAAUAGUGGUAUCCUCUACUAGUACUGAUGGAUCUGUCUCCAAAAGACACUAAAAUUCAACAGCGAAUGAAAUAAUCUCCAUCUCUUUUGCUCUCUUUACAGGCAAUGCCUUGAGAGGUGACACUGAAUCCUGCUGACAAAGUAGGCAGCUACCGGCUUGUUGACCUGGGUUUGGAUGAUUGAAAAAAACCAGCAUUUUUAGACCGAUUCACAGAAUCACAGAAUGUUAGGGAUUAGAAGGGACCUCAAAAGAUCAUCUAGUCCAGUCCCCCUGUUGGAGCAGGAACACCUAGAUGAGGUUACACAGAAAUGUGUCCAGGCAGGUUUUGAAUGUCUCCAGAGAAGGAGACUCCACAACCCCCCUGGGCAGCCUGUUCCAGUGCUCUGUCACCCUCACUGAGAAGAAGUUUCUUCUCAUAUUUAAGUGGAACCUCCUGUGUUCCAGUUUGUACCCAUUGCCCCUUGUCCUAUCAUUGGUUGUCACCAAGAAGAGCCUGGCUCCAUCCUCAUGACACUCACCCUUUCCAUAUUUAUAACAAUGUAUAUGAUUGCAGGAACAGAAUCUACAAUUCUGCCUAAGUGGCUCCAGUCAGGAACAUUUUCCAGAAGUUCAGCUAUGUGAUUUAUCAAUAUUAUUAGUCACUUAAGCUGUGUGGGAAUGUUGUCAUUUAGUUAGUGACUGUGUGAAAUUAAUUCUCGUAUGUCCUUUUUUGAUUUACUGGGAACUGGCAUGAUCAUCCUAGUGCAGCAGAAAUUAAGGGAAGAAUGUGACUCACUAUUUUUCAAGCAGUGGUUGCAGGACUAUCUUCUGCCUAAUUUACUCCCAAGCUUUUGCCGUGUUUUGGAAAGUGCCUGAAGUUCAGGUGUUACAUGCAGUUCUCAGAAAUGAAACUGCUGUGCGGCUGAAGCAUGACAGCAUGAGAUCUGACUGACAAGAAAGGAGGAGGUCUGUAGUCUCCCAAAAGCCUAUGCAAAGACAAACGCAUCAGGAAAUGUCUGAAUAAAUACUCUUAAAGAUAUACUCACAAAACUGAAAGAAGUGGUGGUAUUAAUUAAUGGACUUCACAUUCCUGCAUGCCUUGUGUCUAAAGUAAUGAAUCAACUGCUGGGCUCUGGAGGAAAUGGGGUCAGAAAGAUGCUGUGGCAGUCAAACACACAUGAAGAUACAGGCUGGGAGUGGGGUCCCCACAUGCCUGGGGUCCCUGUGGUGUCAGGAGCUGUCAGGAAAACAUCAGAGCCUAGAAGGAGCAGCCAGCAGAUGUGGCUCUUUAUCACCAGAUAGGGAAUACUGUGAACAUUUUAAAGUCAACACAUAUUUUGAGCCUCAGUAGCCAUCUCUAUCCUUUACCUGGCUGUUGCUAAGACUGCAGGUUUGGUCUCUAUCGAAAGCUAUAGCAGCACCCCGGUUUUCAGGGUUGUUUGGGAAAGGCUUUUGGAAAAUGACAAUGUUUCGGGCAGAAAAUAAAAUGGUUAAAACUGACAAGGAUAUUUCCUAUGAAUAGAAAAAUGCAUCAAUGGGGUUUGCAGUUCUCUUUUAAAUCAAGUGCAGUUCCUCUUGUGAUCACUAAGUGGUGAAGUUCAGCUAUGAGAACUUCAGUAAAAGUGUCUGCAAGCUCAUGGAAAGUUCUUCAUUUAAGGUUUUGUUUCAAAAUUGCGACAGAGCUAAUGUGAGGACACCAGCAAAGCCUGGAGUGAAUCUUUGCAUCCCUGCAUAGGUCACUUGCACCCUGCUUGGAGGCUUUGGUGCAAAAGGACUUAGUUCCAGCAAAACUUCAAUGUUUUUUGCAGUUUUGGAAGUUCUGAGAAGCUGACAAUCAGAAAUUAAAUGUUUACUUGUGAAUCUCUAUUCCAAGGCUGGCAGUUUUCCCCUCUGACUUGGUCCAAGGCCUUGUUCCACAGCCUGUUGGAGCUUCAUGCGUUACUUAACAGCUGUAUGACAGUCUGGCAAACCCCACAACAACCAUUUUUACUGAUUUCACUUUUUGGUUGGUCAAGAGUGCCCUUCCAGAAAUCUUGCAGUAAAAUGAAACUAUGAAAAUAACUCAAGGAAAAGAAAAUGAGAUGUGAUACCUCAAAGGAAGAAGACAAUAGCAUGAAGCAAUCACAGUUUGCAGAGUGACAGGAAUUAAUUACUGAACCCACUAAAAAGCACACCCAAAACAUUUAUUUAGAGGAAUACUGAUCAUUGAGCUGUUUCUAUUUUCAGAUAGUUAAUUAUCACUGGAAGGAAAGAACUGUGUAUGUGUAGGCAUGUCUGAGAAUUGCUUUGUUGCAUUAUGAUUUGGGCCUGAUGGUUUCCCUCAACUAAUCUGCAUGAUUCGAGGUUAAUCUGUAAAGCAAUUUGACUAAAAGAAAACAUUUUUUAAUGCGCUCCUAGUCUUUUGGAGUAGUGAGAAUUUGCAGAAAUGUAAGCCACCUAAUCAGAAAGCAGAAACACGAAACCCAGUUUACCAGUACAAGUUUGAUUCGCAAAUCAGGUCUUGCUGGCUGUGGUUGCCCCACUAGGCUGUGUGUGAGCAACCCGCAGGCUGAGGGUUUUCUUGGUUUCAGCAAUGUGAUCACAGCUGGCAGAAAAAGAGAAACGCAAACAUAAAAAUGACAAAGCAAAAAAGCAUAAAAACAGUGACUCAGACCUGCUGUGUGAGCUGUUUUUAUUUAAUCUCAGGUGAGGGCAGAGAGGAAGGGUUGUGCUUUCGGGACAGCAGCCCUGUCUUUCCGAGGGACAGGGCUGGGAAAGGAGCACUGACCUGCAGAGAUGGAGGUAACCUCAGCGGAGGAGAGGGGAGACCAAGGCUCUGCAUUUUCCCCAAGGCAACAUAUGAACUAGGCUCUCAGUUGGGCACUUGGCUGGCUCUGGUCUCCUUACCUGGAAAAUGAGUUGUGUUACAGCAGCUCCCAGCUCUCCACUGGUUUACACAUGGGGUGCAGCUCCCUAACUGGGUCCUUUGUGUUACAUAUUGGGGAUGUUUGUACUACUCAUUGCAGCCUGACUAUUGAGGUGAGCUUCUUUCCUUGAGCUCAGAUCAGGACCAGAGUGGCCAUUCCUUCUGCCCCCCAUAGACAUUGUGUGCUCAGCUCAGGCCCAAUCUGGCCUUGUAUUUAGGCAUUUUCAAAACACUUGUAUUUAGGCACUUGUGUAAAACACAAACUUGUAAACCUUGUAACCCUCGUUACCGCUGUCUGUCUAGCAGCCCAGCUGGGAAACCUUUGGUUUCUGUCUCUGACAUUUGUUGUCAUAUCAUCUGAAAUUUUUUGUUAUUCAGCUGAGUGCCAGUGGGGCAGAAGGUUUUUACGAGGUGUCUCUUACCGUAUCUACUGGGACAGGGAAUGUCCCCAGAGUAAAAGCGCAGCGUAUAAAAAAGGGGAAGCCACGCUCAAUGGAUCAGUCACUCUCUCAUCUUGUUGAGCACACAGCUGAGAUGACAGUCGCUUGUCUGCUUCUCUUCAGCAUCUGGACCGUUGUGUCAGGCUCUGUGCUGGUGAUGCACAGAAAGGUCCAGUCAGUCCAGGCAGGAGGAAACGUUACUUUUUCAUGCCAGUCAGUCACAAAAGAAGAUGUGCUACAGGUGACCUGGCAGAAGGAGACAGACGGGGUGGAAGACAACAUAGCAACUUACAGUACAAUGAAUGGCCAAAAGAUAGCAAAAAGCUAUGUUGGCCACGUGAGCUUUGCCCACAGUGAGUUACAAGCUUCAGCCAUCUCCCUUCAUGGAGUCACCCUCCAAGAUGAAGGAUGCUACAAGUGCAUCUUCAACACGUUCCCCUCAGGGGCUGUCACCGGCAGGAUGUGUCUCAAGGUUUAUGUCAUCUCGAACCCCCAAGUGGAGGCCAAGCUUAUACCCAGUCCAGACAAAGCUGAAAAUUCUGAGAAAGUGGUGGGAAUGAGCUGCUCAGCAACAGGGAAGCCACCUCCAAAAAUCACCUGGCGCCUUCCCAGCAUACUGCAGCAGAAACCAAAGGAGUACCAUGUCACGCUCAGCAACCAGACGGUGACUGUCAUCAGCAAUUUCACCUACACCCACUCCAAAAUCCUCCAGGAGCACCCUGUUGCCUGUGUGAUUCAACACCCAUCACUAAAUGUGACUCUGGUCCUACCCAUGGACAGUCUGGAGCAGGGUCCAGAGAGCAGCAUGACACCAGCCAUUGUCAUUGUGGUGGGAGUGCUGGUCCCUCUGACUUUCCUCCUCCUUCUCACUUGCCUCUUCCGCUGCUGCCUCAGGCAUCUACGAGACCCAGAGAGAAACCCAGCCUGGCCAUGCUGGGUCUUUCCUGCCUGUACCAAGGCCAAGAAGUGUGGGUCAUAUGGAGUUGCGGGCAAAUGGGCUCCCACGGUGACUCCUACCCCCAGAACAUCACUGAACACCUGAGCACCUGCUCACACUAUGUGCAAGAGACAAACUUCUUACAACAGCACCUUGGAUUUCUAAGCAAACCUGCUGUGACUUUACUUCAAGGAAAAUAUAAAAAAGGACAAUUUUAAACAGAUAUUUAUUUAUUUUGUUAAACUAUAAUAUUCCGUUUUGUAAAAAAAAAAAAAGCUGUAUUUAUUUGAGAUUCAGGCUGCCAGUGUGGAUCUGCAUAAAGAAAAUAAUGUUUUGUAUUUUCUUUGUGUUUUGAACAUUAUGUUUAUUCCUUUCUGAUAUUUUAACAUUGCAAGCUCAAAACUGGGUGGGGGAUUGUGUGAAACAGGGCAGCAUUUUCUAGGGGUGACGGCCUAGGAGGUGUUGCUGAUGAGCCAGGGUGCAGAAAACCUGUGGAGCAGCCCGGUAUGCUGCUGUGGCCUUCGGUGUGGAACCUGUCCCCAAAGGUCACAAAGGAUGAGGCGAAGACUGCAGCCAGCCUCAACUUGUAACCCAGGCACCAGAAGUGACAGGCUUCAAACCAGGCGUCAUCAGGGAUGAGGAAGUUGCCAACUCCGACUUCCAACAGCCUUUCCUAGAAAGUAAUGCAAAAGCAAAGGGCUCAGAGCUCUUCCCUUCUCCUCUUUUCUUCUUCUGUGGUUUCCACAGCCCCUUUCUUAACUUCCCUAAUCCGUCACAGCUGCCUUGUGUUUCCAGGCAUCCCACCUGUCUGCAGGGGGAAGUAGGGAAAUAAAAGACAGUUGGAGGGACAGUGAGCUGUCUAGUGGGUUUUGUGUAUGUUAUAGUGCAGGUAAGUAUAGAGGAAGGCAGGAGGCUGGUAGGAGCAAGAGAGGUGGGUGCUGCAUGUGGGCAGAUAUACACCAGCGUGGAACAAACAUUGCUUAUAGCCUGUAGGACAAAUCUGAGCAUUUCUCCUGUAAUUCUCUGAAUCCCAUCCUAUGCUCAUGAAAUCUUUCAUUGUAGACCAAAGGAAGGAGAAAAGAGCCCACUUGUCUAGUGUGGUCUUCUGAGCUGUAUGAAGACAGCCAGUGCAGUUUGUCUUCUCUCCUUCUGGCUUCCUGAAGCAAGUGCAUGUCAUCUGAUCUUUUUUCUCGCCUGCUUAUUUCAAAUGUGUAUCCCAGAAGAAUCAGGCUGAGUUGCAGUGAAAAAGCCAAGUAACCUAAAAUGAAAGUGAGUGGGUGAGUUAAGAAUGAAUAAACCCAGUCCUUCUCAUAAAAUUUUCUAGGCUCCCUGAUGCUUAGUAAUAGUGCAGCUGGCAAGUGCAGGGAAAGGGGAACUGGCUGCAACUGUCACAGUCAUGAACUUUUCUCCUGAGCUCCAUAAUUGACAAAGGAGGAAGCCGCGUUUUGUCCGAUCUUUCCUGCCACUGCAGUUUAAUUUCCCCGUUCUCUGCAAGUGAAAGGGUUGGGGGAGAAGCAGAUUUUUCCCCUGGGUCGGUGGUUUGUGGGAGGCAGGAUGCGGGCAAGAGGGCAGAGCUCAGCCUCAGUAUUUCUCCUGAACAGGCCACUCAGCAGGGUCCAUGCUUGUUCUUCAGGGGUCUUUUGGAGAGGUUUUCAUUUGGAGUUUUAAAAGAAGACGUCCACUAAUGUUUAGUUUAAUGUAUCUUUUUUUUUAAAGAAAAAAAAAAAAGGAGAUAAAUUAGUCUCUCAUAGAAACAGGGAGUUUGGACUUGGGUGCUGAAAAGGAUUUGCCAAGGGAAGAAAGGCACAAAGCUGUCAAGAAACGUUUACGAGCCCAGAAAGAUUGCAGAGAUUACCUAUUAUUAUUUUCUACAAGCUAAUCACUUGGGGGAAAGCAGAGUUUGGAGUCAUGAAAAUAUGUGAAAUUUUAUUUUUUUUUAUUUAGCUGAAUGUUGAAUUGUGAAAAGCUUUUUUAGGUUUCUGCUUGUGAUUACCAUAGGACUAGAUACUGAGUGAAAGAGCAGUAUGUGGUAGCUUACAAGCAAAAUGGUCUACAAGAAAGUAAGAUGUUAUCGAUUUGUUUGUCUUUUGCAGCAUCAGAAUGCAAACAGCAAAUGACAUCCAAGGGUCAAACACUUGAAACCAAUAUGUGCAUUUGCCUUCAUGCUAUACACAGCCAGCUGAUAAAAUGCAAUGCCAUAAAAUGCUGUAUGCUGGUGGUAUGGAGUUUGGCUUCAUGUAGCAAAGAAAUGAAUGUAAGCACCUAGGCUAUGUAUAAUAAACUGGUUGUUAGUUGUAAAAAAAGUGUAUUAAAUAGAUAAAAAUUACCUUUCAGGGAACAAACAAGCCUGUGAUUUAGGGGAUCAGAAGUUUUUACUGCGGGUGAAUAACUUCCCAACUGCUGUUCUCAGGUCUCUUUGUGACUAUCUUGUGCUUGUCUGCCCAGUUAUCUCUGUUAACAACUUGGCAGUAAUUCUUUGGAGGUUAUAUUUCAGAUGGAUUUAUUCAGAUACUUAGUAUUUCUUCUAAUAAAUAGCAUCUAUGCUAUGAAAUAUUGUGAAUUUUGAAAAGGUCUUGAGAAGUAAAAAUAAAAUGGGUAAGAAAUUCAA